AUGAAUGGCGGAAGAUCAGACGCGUCAACUUCGACCGAUGAUGUGAAGAAUCGCCCACUGUGCCUGUUCUACUUCACGCACCCAUUCGGCGUACUGUCACCCGAGCCGCCCACGCUGUGCGCCGCGCCUCCGCACGUGGCCCGCGCCUUCCUCAACAUGCAGCCUGUGCCACCCGCCACGCUGUGGGGCCCGGCGCACCCCGCGCCGGCCUCGCAGCCCUCCGAGGACGACUACAACACUGCCAGCUCCGUGUCGCGGCCCAGCUACGAGCUCGGCAACGCCACCGUGCACCGCACGCCGCUCAGCCUGGUCAGCGUAGCGCGCGCGCGCCACUGCACGCUCGACUUCGCGGACUCGCGCGACUCCAUCCCCUCGUCCCUGUUCUCGGGCGACGUGUGGUACAACUCCAGCUCCAGCCGCAGCAACGACUACCCGCGCCGGUUGGUCCCUUACAACAAGAUCCUGCCGCCGCUGCAGCUGCCCAGCCCCAAAGACUCUUGCAAUCUGUCCAGUUCCGAUGACUUUUGGCCAAAAAAGUGCUUAAACCCGGAGAAAUUUUCGCUACCACCUAUUGAAAUGCCCUCAGUGAAAGUGAACGUACUGCGAAGUAAAAAGUGCAGUGUGAUGUCAGAGGAGACGUCGAGUGCGGAGAGCGCGGGGGUGCGCAGGAGUCGGUCGCGGCGGCGCGUCGGCGUCAGCAAGGCGCGGGCCCGGCGCACGCGCCCCGCCGACCUGCGCCGCCUGCUGGCCGCGCUGCUGCGCCGCGCGCUUACAGGUACCCCUUCCCCCUCCAUUCCAUCUUCUGGCCCAGGCCGAGGCCGCGAAUUAUUGAAUCAGUUCUCUGGGAAUACGAUGGUGCCCAGCCCAAGCAGGGCACACCGCUACCGUAAUUUACCGUACAUGCUCCACCGUGUCCUCCAAGUGCCGCUUAGUCCUGGAAUUGAAUUAACAGUAUUGUUGUUUGUUUCGCAGUCAGCCACCAGUCUCAAUGUAAGGGUUCAUGGCGGGUUCGCAGACAGGGAGCAGGAGGAGGUCGGAGCCCGAUUAGAACCGGACCUGCGCGUACGGCGCGUAGACACUAAGGCGCAGUCACAGGUCAAACCGGUGCACAGGGCUAGUGAGUCAUUCAUUGAGAUGUCGGCGAGACAGGCGCGGGCGGGGUGCGCGGCGGGGGCGCGGGGCGCCGGUCAGCUCGCAGCAGUGCUACUCGGCCACCGUCGCGGGCCGCACGCCACGCGCCGCACGCUAUACGCACACCGGUUAGAGCCCCAUGGGCUGAACUGCGAAGAGCGUACACGCGCAUACUCUGCUCUACCUACACAAAGAGACUGA